AGUGGCCCCAGCUGCACUGCCGGCUUUGUGUCAGACACCAAAUGUAAGCUUAAACCCGCUGCUGCAGAUAUGAAGACAGAGAGAAGAUGCGCCCAAACGCUGGCAGCGAGCGGGCAGGUGAUAGAUCUGCUCCAAAAAGACGAGCAAGACAUCCUGAAAACGCAGGACGAAAACAGAUAUGUUGAUUUGGAGUCCGAGGAUGAGAGGGUCUGUCACUUUGGUCAGAGGAACCAAGUGUCUGUCAUUGUUAAAAACGGUGGAUUUGAAGCUGUUUGCGCAUCGGAGCCGAACUCUGACCUGAAGGAGAUGCAUACCAAGGAGAGAGAAAGCACCAUAGGUGAGAAAUGUGAGAAAGAUAUAAGAAAUCUUCCCUCGCCGUCAUCCUCACCACACCUGAAAAAAAAUGAGACUUGCCUACAAAUAGGAGAAAAAAGUGGUGAGAGUGCAGUUACGCACACCAAUGUGUCCAAAGGCAUGGGAAGCAAGGCAGAGCGCAAGGAGGAAUCCCACAGCACCAACAGUUCUCUGAGUGGGAGAAGUGAGAGUGAGGACUGUGAGGAGGUGGAUAAUGUCAGCCUGGCACUCUCUGAUGAAUCCGCUCUGUGCUUAACAGAGGACCAUUACAUUACCACGCACGAGAUUCAGCUCUCGGAGUUCUCUGACCAUGAAGGAGAUUAUGACCUGGGUGUGGGCUCCUCCACUUGCUGGGACAUUGAAGAUGAGAGUCAGAUGUACCCAUUCGUAGGCUACUCCUUUGUGGGUGUGAGGGGGGCCGGUGGGGCGCACUGCUCCAAGGGUGCCACGGCAGUAGCAGCAGCGGUCAGCACUGUGCUUGAAAGUGAUCUGAGCGACACGGCCAAGUUCUGCGACUCAGAUGAGCCCGAGCAGAAGCAGGGCGAAGGACAGAUCCACCUGUCAAUCAGAACCACAUCCCGAGCUAUAAAUGACCCCAGCAGCAUCCAAAAGGAGGAAAAUAUCCUUUAUCAUACCAGGCGCUCCGGAGACAUGAGCCGCUAUGUUUUUAGGGGAGUGGAUAGUAAGGCAGAGACUUUGUGUGACAGGGCGAAGUGUUUUAUAGCCGCGCCCGGACGCCCGCAUUUUGGGGGCAGAUUGAGGGGGAAAGAGGUCACAGAGUAUUCCAGCAGCACGUCCAGCGCUGUCAGCGAGCUGGACGACGCUGACAAGGAGGUGCGCAAUCUCACAGCCAAAGCCUUCAAGAGUUUGGCCUACCCUUACUUUGAAGCCAUCAAUUUCAGCACCUCCAGUGAGUCCUCUGCAUCAGAGCAUGGCCGGAGGAAAAACAGGUGGUCCACAUUUCUGGAUCUGAAAUAUGGCAACUUAAACAUGUCUCAGGGGCUGGACAAAAGUGUGAUUACCUGCCAAAACCCCGCGGCCUCAUAUGAAAUAGGCAAAAACAGCGACAGCAGAGUUUAUAAGGGCACCAUUCAGCCCACAAGUAAGAUCUUUGCUCUGAAAGCCAACCCCCGCAGUGCCUCGUCAUCAAAGCAAGUCCAACUGAUGGGAAAGUUUGGGCAGGGCCACAGCGGAGUGAUAAGACUCACAGAGACACUGAAUUUUCGUUGCAAUGUCAAAUCGGGAAUGUCUGGGGAAGAAAGGCGCACUAACUUUGUGCAAAACACUGCAGGAUCACAUUCCACGGAUGAGGUUACCAAGAGUCUGCAGAGCAGCCAGCAGAGAGGGGGCAGCAAGCUGCCCUCUAAUACCAUGGAAAAUAUGCAUAAGAAAGCCAUAUUUGCCUCCAGUUUGUUAAAAAAUGUUCUUUCAAAGAAAAUGCAGUUUGAGCAGGAGCGCAGGAUGGAGAGGGGGGAGAUCAGCGAGCCACACCAGGCGUCGUCUCCGGGCUUUGCGCUGCAUGAGAGUGAUAAUAAGUGGAAAGGCAGCAGGGAGCUGAAGAGGCAGAGUUCCAAGUUCUCUGAGAGCGGCUCAGGCUAUGCCAUAAUGUGCGUGGAUGAAUUAGGGGACUUUGUGGACAGCGACUCAUGUGAUAUUAAGAGGCAAGACGUGUGUGCUCCUGCAACAGAAACGAAUUUAAACUCGGCCAAUGAAACUGGGAUUGAUACUAAAAAAGGCACAUUGCGUCGCAGCCAAAAUAGCGCGUUCAGAUGCUGGAAGGACGAGGAGCUAGAGUUUCAAAAGGAUCAUAAAAACUGUCAAACUCUGCUGGACAAGCUGCCUCCAGUUGAUGACAAAGAGAGUGAGUGGAAUCUGUUCUCCGCAGGCUGUGAAAAACUGACGAAAAUGUCUCAUUUGUUUGUGCCAAAUAUCCAACUGCUGCCCAGUGACAGAGACGUGCGACCGCAGCUGCAGAGAGGAGCUUAUUCCUGGAAUGGAAACAACACUUUAUGCAUCACAGACUCCACGAGCUCAAAAUCAUCCAAAUCACCAGAAAUUAAAAUCAACCUGAGAAGUGUUAGAGAUAAUAAAAUGGAAGAGUUUGAAGGCUCCAAGCUGCGCACCUCGAAUAUCACCGCAAGCCCUUCCAGUCUGAUCAGAACAGAGGACUUCAAAUGCCAAGCCCUGGCUGCAGUUCUGAAGGGUGAGUCCUCAGAUAAAGUUCCCCACUUUAUGGUUCGAGACAUCAGAGAUAAUAAAGCAAAGAUACAAACUCCCAUUCACCAAGUCAGAGAUGUACGUAAGCUGGUUAAAAGUUCCUAUCACUUUGUUUCCUUGGAUAAGAACAAAAAUAAAUCAAAUUCCUUUAGCUCUGAAAUUAAUUCAGAGCAAAAGAAGCAGAUGCAAAACAGUAAUCCUAACUGUGUGUCCCCCAUGGUGAUAAAAUGUCAGUCUGUAAAUACUAACAAUGCAGAAAAACCUACUAGAAACCUUAAACAGGAGCAGUCUGACAAAUGCAGAUUGUCUCCAGAGGGCGGUAAGACUGCUCCACCCCAGAAGGCAUUAGGGAUAGCAGCAAAUAUCUCAAACAGCUCAGAGGGAAGCACUGGGAUGAGCAAUGAGAGCAAAACAGGUGCAGCAAGGCAAGAAACGGCAUCAGAGACAGCAGAAAAUAAACUGGAGUCAAAAGUAGCUGGAGUCAAAAGUCAAGUGGCUUUGGAGAAACUCCAGGCCGCAGUGAAAACCAUGGAGCAACUUUAUGUGUUUGAUAAAAAUGAGUGGAGGAGAAAGUGUGAGCCUGAGCGUCUGACGGACAGCCAUGUGCUGUCACUGAUAGCCAGUGAAGAGCAGCAAGAGUCUGAGGAAAGAGGAGGGAGUGGAUUCAACACAGACAAAGCAGUCAGAAAAGAUUCCUUGCCAAAUUUAGACAAGAACCCCUCAGCAUUAUCAGCGCCCUCCAGCACCGACAGCUCCCAAAGGUGGCCAGACAAAGACCUACUUAAAGUGCUUCAGUCAUCCAACAGUCAUGAUGAAAGAUUGGUCACUAAGACAGUUGGCACCAUAGAGAGCAAGAACAUGAAUAUGUCUAGCCUUAGCUCCAAACCCAAGGCCUACACAGCCGCUGAUGUUCCUCAAUUAAGUACCGCCCCACAUACACCUUUCAGAGGUAAAAGCUUUGCACCAAAGUCUCCUAAAUUGCCUGUGUCAUUCAAAACCAGUCAGACAGGAGUUAGUGGGAAGGAAGAUGUUGAACCGAAGGGAGUGGACCGAUUUGAGCAUCAGUUUUCAGGUGCAUCAGUUGACAAUGAGAAUUACCUAACCAUCCCGGUCAAAUUUCAGCCCAACAACAGUAAAAUGGCAGCACCUGCAGAUAAAACAGUAAAGACUCUUCACCAUCAGUCACUGCCAACCCCUCCUGCAGCACAUGAAGAUUAUGCCUCUAGAAACCAAGAGGACCACGGUCACAGGACAAAACGUAUUCUAAUGGAGACCCAUUCACCAGAGAUCCCCUCUGCUACUGUUUAUCACUCCCUGCCCAUGCCUGUGUCUGCCAAUCAGCCACAAUUGUAUUGUUUUUCCCCAGCAAUCACUCCAGCCCCCACCCUGGACCCCUUUCAGGCAACACAAAGGAAAAUGCUGCUGGAUCCCACCACUGGAAACUACUACCUGGUGGACACUCUGGUGUCCCCAGCCACAAAGCGCCUUUUUGACCCAGAAACAGGCCAGUACGUGGAUGUACCCAUGCCACAUCCUCCGAUGACACCAGUACCAAUGCCUAUCUCACCGCUAGCGCUCAGUCCAGGAGCAUAUGGUCAUACCUACAUGAUCUAUCCAGGCUUCAUACCAACCCCUUCAGUGAUACCUACUCGAACGCUGGUACAGUCACAGAUGUCCGUGCCAUCAGAGGUAGAGGGCAUGGAGAAGUUGUCCUCAAAGCAGACUGAAGGAAUGUACAUGGAGACUCCUUUCUAUAUGGCAUCUGGGAAGCCUCCCCAGGCAGCUUCAAGGGCUCAACAGCAUGAUGCCCCCAAUAGGUCACAGCAUGGAUGUUCCAGUAUGAACCAGUCAGUCAUCAGCAUCACGUCCCAGCAAGGGCCAAGGAUCAUUGCCCCACCCUCGUUUGAUGGGACCACCAUGAGUUUUGUGGUAGAGCAUAGAUGAGUCGCUAAGCUGGACAGGACUGGAGGCUUUGUGAUCAUUGACCACCUUUUGGUCUAUCCUCAUCAUUGUUUUACACUGAUGUUAAUUAAUUAAUUUAGUUGUUCAUGUAUUCUACCUAACUGCUGCUGAUUUUUUUUUUAUUUACUUUCUACAAGAUUGUAAUUUAUGCUUUUUUUACACCACUGCUAAACCAAGAAUGAAUGCCUUUAAAGGGAUUCUUUACCCACUCCUAAAACUAAAUAAAGAUUUAUUUACCUAGUUCUUCUCAUUUUAAGAUGAGAAUAAACUACUUGUUUUGAAGACAUUUAUACAUAUUUAUGCAGUUAUGAAUCCAAGUACCUGUUACCUGUUAGAUUUUGCUGAAUUUAUCAAAGGGUUUUUACAACUUUUGCUGUCAUGAUGACUUCUUCUAUGUUGGUGCUUUAUGAUGCACACAAAUCAGUGUUGAUUCAAAGCACUUUAUGUGCAUAAUUUACAUUACUGCACAUUUUUUAAAAGUUAUGGUUGGAAAAAAAAUGUAAUGUGACAUGUUGUCUUUGUUUGUGCUGGUUUCUUUGAGAAUGUGGAGCUGCUGGACAGUCCUUGUUAAUACAUGUCAGGCAUCGUUGUUAUUCCAGAUUAUUCUUUUAUAAUGAAUGCUAUGAGUGACUGACAAUGAUUAAUGCAUUUGUUAUGAGAGCGGAAGCCAUCUUAUUGAAUUAUAUUUCACUCCCAUUUUUAGAAAUGUCAUCUUGCCAUUUGUUUUUUUAAUGUAUUUUAGGGGAAGUGUUCUGUUUAUACUUUGUACAUAGAUUUUUCCUAAGUAAGCCUGAUAGUGGCACACUUUUCAAAGUCUUACACCGAGAUUCUGCCAUAAACUUUCUGAAAACAGCAGGACUUUCAGAGAUAAGUGAAAGUAGGGUUUGCAAGACAAGAAAAUGAAUGCUUGGGACUUUGUGAGGGGUGUAUGGGAGAAGAGUGGAGGGUCUUUGUAGAAGUAGGGCAUAAAGCUGGACAUGAUACGUUAUGUUUUCACUUUGUUCAACUGAUUUUUUUUGUUUUGUUUUUUUCUGCAUAAAAAUGACUUCACAAAAUUAGGUCUUGACUUUGCAAAUGUGAAGAUGGCAUAUGUUGAAAUACAUAAUUAAAACAGUACUUUGGAACUCUAAAUGUUUAUUACAUAUUCACAAUGUUAAAUUGAGGUUGAUUCUACUCUCAUCUUGUACUUUAUUACAACACAAAAACAAACUUUUCUCCAGUUAUGUUUCUGCAGUCACUGUUGACUGACACAUGUACUCAGUAGUGGUUCUUUCAGGAAUGGUUCCCUGGCCAGAGCCCCUCCUAAUGCUCUCCUCAACCAAAGCAAUUUGAUGAUUUUCCAGCAGAAAGCUUGUAAUCUAUAGGUUCCCAUUACUCAGUCAGAAGCAAGGAAAAUUACAUGCAUACAAGUAGUAGGAAACUUGUUUAGGUCACAACUGCCAGAUAAGAUGUGACUUAUUAUGUACUUUUUAAAAGCCCAUCUAGGGACAAGUGCUGCAAAUUAGCUUUUGCUAUUGCACUAUAUGCAAACAUGGGACUGCUGUUUUGUGCAGCUUGUCUAUGUCAAUGUGUGUCUGUCCCUAUCAAAUAAACUUCAAUAAAAAAUAAAUAAAAUAAUUUUGUACUUCUUAGAUGCCUAGCCCCCUUUCUAAUGCCGCCGUUGCAUUACACUGCCUCUUUUACACUUUGGGCCCUUUAGUUUCAAGUGAGCAUCAUUUGUUAAUUUCAAGUGAGCAGGAUCCUGCUGCUCAACAUAUACUGUUGCUAUGACCACCAUGUAGCCAUUUUCUGACAUCCAGCUGGAUAAUACAGCAUUUCACUAAAACUCAAAGGUGCUCAAACUAGAUUCUAGAACAUGUCAAUAACAGUGUUCCGAUCAAGGGGUUUUUUCACGAUCACUUGAAGUGCUUUUUGGCUUUUACAAAAAAUAGCUAACAUCAUUAAGGGGAAAUGGAAACAAAUUUGCUGAACAUUUGUCACAGCAAACUUUCCUGUACACUGAUGAGUCUGUGCCUUAAUUGUGGCACAAAACUUGGAAAAACUUCUACCGCUUGUUAUACAGCCAUGCGUAAUGUCACAUUCUGGCUAAAUCAUGCUCUGAAUAGCCUGGUGUUUUAUUUUGUACUUCUUAGAUGCCUGGCCCCCCUUUCUAACGGAUUUGCUAAAAACCAGUAAAUGAAAACAUGCCUAAUUCAUAUUCUCUUUCUUUCUUUAUUUUUUUUUACUACAUUUUAAAGGUUUCCUCAAAAAUUGGAUGACAACUUAUAAGUUAUAAGUUCAGUCACCAGAUCUCAACGCAAAAGAGAAUGUGGUGGAACAGGAAGAUCUCAUUAUGGAUUUUCUACUAACAAAUAUGCAGCAACUGUAUGACAAUACAGUCAAUAAAGACCAAAUCUGCUUUGACACUGCAAUGUAGCCAUUCCCACUAUACAUCUGCUGAAGAUGUUAGAACAGGAUAUAAAACAGUAGUAUUUGAAUACAUAUUUAUUAAGUCAAAUUUUAUUUCCAUUUGAGCACUUCCUCUCCCAAAAACCUUUGAAGCAAAUAAUGUCCUGUAAAAUAAUUAGAACUUAGCAAACUACUUGAUAAUGGUAAACUACGGGUUCUGAGUUAGUUUUACUCCUCUAAACCACAGGGUUUAGAGGAGUAACCCUGUGGUUUAGAGGAGUUUUACUCCUCUAAACCACAGGGUUUAGAGGAGUAAAACUAACUCAGCUUUGUUUAUUUAGAGCAGUGAGCAUUAAAAGUUUCCUCUGCUGUCUGGGGAUCCACAGUAAGUGGGUCAGAGGAGCAUGGAGGUACUGGUUGAGUACAUGCAGGGUCAGGUUGCAGAUCUCCAACUGUAUCCUCUGUCAUCCUAUCUGAGUGUGUCAAUGACACAUAUCAUCACACCCAGAGCCAUGCCACAUACUCACAUAACCCUGACUAAUGUGCAAUGCAUCCCACAAUUAACACUCUAUCAGGCUUGGAGGGCUUUUAAAAAACAAGCCUUUAAAUAGACUUGUUAUUAAUAUGAGUAUUUACUCAGUCCAACAAUUUCCUCUUGUGGGUUUUAGAUUUGUCAAGUUGUCUCCAAACAAACCAUUAGUCUUGUGAUUAUGUGAAAUGUUUCUUCAGUACGUACAACUUUACAGUAGUUUUUAUUAUGAUUCAACGCAGGUCAAUAUCUGAGCAUGGCAUCAAAUUUGGAACAGAAAAGCUGAAAAUUUAAAAUGAUUCUAAGCAAAGAGGUCUGUAUUCCAAAUCCGAUGUAGUCUUUAAUUUGACUGUACAGUGUAGGUUUCUCAAUGGGAGAAACCUGCACUAUACAGUGAAGACCUCACAGGGAGGCGUCUAGGAGCAGUACUUCCCCCUGGGGGGCGUUCAGAGCACAGCAGGGGGCAAUGGCAGAAUUUUUUUUAGAAAUUGGGGUUGCUGAGAUUCUUUUGGGGAAGUUUAGACUUUUAGCAACUUGCUAAAACUGUACUGUGUAACAUUAAAACAUGCUUGGCUGCAACUGUGUCGAUGGCAGCUCUCCUCUUCAUUGUUUAACUUCUCCUGCUACUGGUAGCUUCACAUCAGCCGGUGUUCAGCGAUACACCGGCUGAUGACGUUCUGUUAUUCACUUGUCUGGUGUCUGAUUUUUAAAUAUUUGAUGUUUUAUGGAGGAUUUUUGUACCUAUGUUUUGGCAGUGCUGUGAUCAUGUCAAAGCACUAAAAUUUAUUAAAAAGUGUUUUUAUGUUGCAUGCUUCCAUAGAAGGACAACAGAAAAUCACUCUUAUAACUUACUCUUAUAUCACAAUACCCUCCCGGUGUAUCCCUCAGAAAAAUCAACCCAUGUAACCCUCUGAUGCAUGAGUGACUGACUAUACAGUCUUUCAUGAGUGAGUCUUUUUGACCCGGGUUACAAUCAAUGUGCUUUUUGGGGGGGCUUUUUUCUUUUCUUAGCUAUUUUUGUCAUUUUGAUUCAAAAUAAUGUUUUGUAUAAUAUUUUCUACUGUGUUUUAUUUCACACAAGGAUUAUUUGAAAUAUUUAAAUUUUUCACCUUUUUAAACAUUUUUAGAACAAUUUGGAGAACAUUUUUAAAACAAAAUGACAACAGCAAUUUUACAACAGCAAUGAUGAAAUGUCAAUAAAGGACAAUGUCAACAUCCAUUAUGU